UCCCUCCGAUCGUCCGCGCCCCGGUGCCCUCUCGACCCCGUCCCGCGCGAUGCGCGCUCCGCUUCUCCUGGUGGCCGCCCUGGCCCUGGCCGCGAGCCCCGCGGCGGGCGCGAGCCCCCGGCACCCGCCGCGCUUGCUGGGCGGCCUGGAGGAGGCCGACGCGCAGGAGGAGGGCGUGCGGCGCGCCCUGGACUUCGCCAUGAGCGAGUACAACAAGGGCAGCAACGACGCCUACCACAGCCGCGCCGUGCAGGUGGUGCGCGCGCGCAAGCAGAUCGUGUCUGGAGUGAACUAUUACAUCGAUGUAGAGAUAGGCCGAACCACAUGCACCAAGUCCCAGGCAAACCUGCCUGACCUGGCUGACUGUCCUUUCCAUGAUCAGCCCCAUCUGAUGAAGAAAACCCUCUGUUCCUUCCAGGUCUACACUGUGCCCUGGAAGGGCUCACACUCCCUGACAAAAUCCAGCUGUCAGAAUGCCUGAGAGCUGAGCCAGGCAGGGUGAUGCAGACCACCCCUUACUUGCAUCCCUUCCCCAUAGUACCCCAUCCCUCAGAUGGGUGCCCCCACAUUGGAGGACAUCUCUCCAGUGUUCCAGGUGACCCUAGAGAAGGCUGCUGCGGGCAGGUUCUGCACAUCUGAAUGGCUGUCUCCUGGUUCCUUUUUUUCUCUUUGCUUUUCAAAUUCGCAGUGCCUUGUGGACAUGGACUGCAAAUGCCUCGCUCAAUAAAAAAAAAAAAAAAAAAAUUAAAAGCCGCUGGCUUAUUCUGAGCUGGUCUCAUGCUGUGCAGGGAGGAGGGUUCCAGGAAUCAAAGUUGAGGGUUCACACCCACAUGCACACUCAAGGAGAUGGCCUGAGGUGGGAUAGGUGAUGGUUUCAGCUGAACUCCUGCUGAUUAGCUCCUGCCAAUGCUGGUGUCACCUGCUGGCCAAGUGAGUGUCCACUAUUGACCAUCUAACUCGAACUCCCUGGAGACUACACAAUGGCUGCCAUCUGGCAGUGACCACAUGAAAACUAGCAGGUGCUGUCCAGCUGGGCUUCCAGAAAGCCUGGCCCACCGCACCAUGGCUAAGUGAAAUAUUAGUCACAUCACUGGGUGUGAGAGUAGUAACUGGUUUAUACAACAGUAGCUUCUGGUGCAUUCUCUUCCCCUCUCUCACCUUCAUCUGAAUAUGUUUAUUCUUAAAAAUGAGUUGCUUUGAACCUCAA